AUGGAGGAGAUCUCGUGGAGGCAAAAAUCACAGGCACUUUGGUUGAAGGAAGGGGAUAGGUGUACAAAGUUCUUUCACAGAGUUGCAAACUCUCAUCGAACGAAUAACGCCAUUGAGGUUCUUCAUGAGGAGGGCAGGGUUUUAUUGGGUAGAGAUGCUAUCAAGGAUCAUAUUGUCCAUUUCUAUGAUAAACUGCUGUCAGAACAGUACCUUUGGAGGCCUAAGUGCGGUUUCAUUGGAGAGGCCCUUGAAGAAGAUGAGGUGCUUGGUGUUCUAAAAGGUAUGAAUAAAGAUAAAGUCCCGGGACCAAAUGGCUUUCCAAUGGCUUUCUUCCACGCCUGUUGGGACAUUGUUAAAGAGGAUCUAAUGAGGGUUUUUAGUGAAUUUCACUCCUUCAUGAAAUUCGAGAAGAGCCUUAAUGUCUCUUUCAUCGCUCUCAUUCCCAAGAAGGCGAGGUACGGCUUCGGGGAAAGAUGGUGUCAGUGGAUAAAGCACUGUAUUACAACCAUCAGAUUCUCUAUCUUGGUUAAUGGCACUCCUGAAGGCUUCUUCAACAGCUCUUGGGGACUGCGACAAGGGGAUCCACUAUCCCCAUUAUUAUUCAUCCUAGUUAUGAAUGUGUUGAGCAGAAUGUUGGAAGGGGAGGUGGAUGAGGGCUUCAUUUCGGGGUUCUCGAUGGGUAGUUCUACGCAUGGAAGAUUGAUAGUCUCCCAUAUUCUCUUCGCCGAUGAUACUUUGAUCUUUUGUGACCCGGAUUUGGAUCAGAUUCGCUCUCUAAGGGCACUUCUACUUUGCUUUGAAGCUAUAUCUGGCCUUAAGGUGAAUUUAUCUAAGUCUGAAAUAGUUCCUAUUGGCUUGGUUAACAACUUAAAUGAGGAAGCUGCCUUAUUGGGAUGCAAAGUCUCAUCAUUACCUAUGAAGUAUCUCGGACUCCCCUUGGGGGCCCCUCACAAAUCUAAGGUUCUUGGUGGUAAGGAGCACGCGAAUCAGGAUUGGGAGGUGGGAGCCAUCACUGAUUUCUACAGAAUCUUAUAUGCGCUGAAAAAUAGGGCAGGAGGGAAGGAUAGCUUACUCUGGUCAUGCACAGGGAACAAGAAAUUUUCUGUUCAUUCAUAA